AUGGCUGUUCAUGGUGAGCACGUUGCUGGUGAUUCCGGUCCGAGUUUACAGGAUCGUCAGCUGCUGGAUACAUUUUGGGAACUUGCGUCACCGAAGGACGGCAAGAGGGUAGCCGGAGCACAGAAGCUUGUUGAGAUUAUUGUGAAGAAACAGAAGGAACAUACAACACGAAAGAAUGAAACACAGAAUGAUGAUUAUUGUAAAGAACUAUCUUACACUUUGUCAAGACUGGUUAAAGGACUGGCCUCGUCAAGGAAAGGCGCUAGGCAAGGUUACGCAAUGGCAUUAUCUGAGAUUCUACAGAGUAACAGUGAAGUGAAAGUGGAAGAUAUUCUUGAUCUAAUUGAAGAACACCUUGAAAUUAAAGGAAGAAAACAGGAUGAACGAUGUUGUGCGUUUGGUCAACUUUUCGCAUUCCUCGCAAUUGUCCAGUCAGGAAGAGUGUUUCAGGCACCAGACCAGUAUUUAGAAAAACUUAUAACAGAGUUGUAUAGAUUGAGUCAUAUCAAACCGUAUUUGAAUGAUGUCUGUACGCAGGCAAUGAUUGACAUUAUUAAACAGUGUCAAGUUGAAGAUUUCCAGAAGUAUGCAUGGCCAGUGAUAAAGGAAGAGUUACAGAAAGGUUGGGAAAAAUGUACACCUGGAAGAUUACAGUUACUUCUUAUUUGUCGUAAAUCAUUUCCCCAUGCCGUGAAGUCAAAGUUUUUGAAGUCACAUUGGUCACGGAAAGAUAUCACACAUGAAGAAAAUCUUAAUCACAUUGCACAUGUUUUAGAAGAAUCAACCAUCAAUUCUCAUCCAAACAUACACAGUGUGUGCAGGGAGCUGCUUAUGCUAUACUCUGAAGACUCCGACAAACUGAUCAUAUUUUGGGAUCAUGUUGUUGACAAAGUUUUGUGCAAUUCCACUUACGAGAGAAAAUAUCUGAGUUUUAAAUUGCUGGAGCUGACCGUCACUCUGGUGGAUGCCAACGACAUGUCUGGGAUAUUCAGUCAUGAUUUGGUGCGAUGUAUUAUGAAUAGUUUAGUAAACAAACAAACUUUUCUACACGAGGCAGCGAAGGAGUUGUUGUUAUCUUUAGUACGUAAUUACAAUCUGCCAAGAGAUGCCACAUGGUUGUUAGAUUGUACAAAGUUUCUCCUUACUCAUGCGUUCUUUACGGUUACUAAAGCUGACAAAACAAUACCUGAGUGCAAUGCCGUUCUUGAAGACGCUGUAUCAGAACCAAUCAAGAAACUUUGUUGUCAAUAUUUCUUCAGUGCGUUAAACUGUUUAUCCAAUAUAUCAUCUUCAGAUGCUGAAGGUAGUUAUCCUCGACUCCUGGGAAUGAUGAAUGACUGUGAAUUCUACGUCUACCGAGUUGUCAUGUUUGUAGAGCAGUUAUUAACCAAUGAACAUGUAGACCAGGUGGAACCAUUUAGUACAGAGGUGAGGGAAUGCUGGGAUGGUAUCAUAACCGCUGUGCAGAAACUACACAAGAAAACAUCAAAAGACAAGAAAUUGUCUGAGGCAUAUGCUUUCCAGUUAUUGUAUUUACACAUUGGUUUGCAGUUAUUUACUGAUUCUACCCAGGCCAUGGAUAUUGUACAGGAGUUGCAUGACUGUGAGAAAAAAGCGCUACAGAAAAGGAGAUCAGUCAGAAAAAAAGACGAACCAGAAUGGAUUGAAGUUGUAACAGAGAUUUUGUUGAGUUUAUUAUCACAGUCGUCUCAUCUCAUACGAAUUGUGGUGGAUAAUGUCUUCAAAAUAAUUUGUCCGCAUAUGACGAAGGAAGCAUUGCAGUUACUACUUGAUGUGUUAGAUCCAAAGAAAUCUAGUGAUUCAGAAAGCAAUCUUCAAAUUAAGAGAGAUUCUGAAGAGGAAGAAGAUGUGGAUGAUGUAGAAGAACAAACUAAUGGUAACCAUGGUGACGUGGGUGAUGAAGAGGAAGGAAGUAAAGGAGAAGAGGAGUCUGACGAGGAAAAAGAAGAGGAAGAAGAAGAGGAGGAUGAGGAGGAAGAAGAGGAGGAGGAACCUGUUGGGGAAGUAGAUGAAGAAUUACGUUCUAAAUUAAUGGCAGUAUUGGGUGAUGCAGCUAUCAGGCCAGAUGAAGAUAGUGAUUCUGGCAGUGAAAAUAGUGAUAUGAGUGAUAGUCAGAUGUUCAAAUUAGAUGACGCCCUCGCAGAAGCAUUCAAAGAGAAACUGAAAGCAAAAAACAUGAAGAAAGAAAAGAUACAGGCAAAGAAAAUGAUGAUUCAUUUUAAACUCAGAGUAUUGGAUUUACUGGAUAUUUUUAUUAAAAGACAACCUGCCAAUCCCUUAGUACUGUCCUUACUCCAUCCAUUAUUGUUGACUAUCAAGCCUGCAUUGAAUCGUAAAGAAGAAAACGUAUUGGCAGAAAAAGCAUCAGCACUUUAUAAAAAUAAAUUAUGCCGAAUGAGAAAGUACCCGCAUAGUAUUCAUGAAAAAUGUGAAGAUUUACAUCAAGAUAUUGAAGAUUUUAUUCAGUUAGUUUAUAAAGCUCCAUCAGUGCAUUUUGUGUCAUUGGUUUCUGCUGGUACCCUUUUUAUGAUGAGGGUAUUGAAAGGCAACACCGCUGUACAAGAACCGUCUCCUGUAAAAACAAGGUCACACCGAGAAAAUAAAAACAAACAAUCCAAAUCAAAAGACACAGGAGACAACAAAGAAAUUCUUGGUAUUCUUGAUGUGAGGAGAGUGAUCGCCCUCUAUAGGAAUGCAUUGAAUGAUUUUUUAUCAAAACGUCAAAGUCGUCUCCAUCCUGUACUUUUUACUGAACUCAUUGAAAGACUUCCAGAAUUGGGAUGGUAUCUCGCUGAUUUACUGGUUAAAUAUGUUAAAGAUGGAGUUCAAUUAUAUCGAAAGAUUCAAGCCAGUAAGAUGUUAGCAAUGUUGAUGUCAAGGUCAGCUUUCACUGACUCUAGUAUGUCGUGGGCUGAGUUUUCAACAGCCGUUAGCAGCACAGUGCAAGAAAUCAUUAUAAAUACGAUAGAAGAUGAAUCUAACGCUAAACCUAAAUAUUUAUUAGAGUUAUUGAGAAUGAUGCAAAUAUUUGUCAAUUUAACUUACACUGUGAACAAGGAGUCUAGAUGCAGGGAAACCUGGACUGACUUCCCAACACUGCUAGAAAAACUUGCGCUGACUACCCUUGUGAGCAAAUCCAGCGAAAUCAAAAUAGCAGUUGCUGCUCUCCAAAAAGCUAUGCUUGGCAGUGAUGAAGUCAAACAUCGAGGAAGGAAGAGGAAACGAAAGAAACAAAAACAUCGUGCAAAAACAGGUGGUGCUAUUGCUAAUGGCAACAGUGAAUGAAAGAAUUUAUUUUUGGAGUAACUAAAUUUUAAACAAGAACAUGUUACAAGAACAAUUGUGUUCAAUAUCAAAUCCAUAGAUGGAUGCAGAAUGCUGCAAUCAUGAACAAUAUCAAUGAAUUAUUAAUGAUUAAUAAAAGAUAUGUAAUUGG